AUGUCAAUGUUUGUUUUUUGGGCAAUUUAUCUUCCGGUUGUACUGAUGAAUGAAUGCAGUCAGGAUGAAAAAGACUGUUCUGAUAUCUAUAACUCAGAGGAAACGGUCAGUAGGAUUUACUUCAUCUAUCCAGCAGGAUACAUUCCCGUCUCAGUUUACUGUGAGAUGAUCUCAGGUGGGAAAGAUGAAGACAACGGAGCAUGGACGGUGAUUCAGAGGAGAAUGGAUGGCAGUGUGAAUUUCUAUCGACCGUGGGAUCAGUACAAGAGAGGAUUUGGGAAUGUGGAGGGAGAAUACUGGCUGGGGCUGGAGAACAUGUACCAGCUGACAAGCAACAGGACAUACAUGCUGAGAGUGGAUCUGGAGGACUUUCAAGGAAAUAAAGCUUUUGCUCAGUACUCGUCCUUCUCUGUGGCUCCUGAAGCUGAUGGAUUUAAACUACAAGUUUCAGGAUUCAAGGAUGGAGGAGCAGGUGACUCUUUAUCGGACCAUGAUGGACAGAAGUUCACCACAGUAGACAAAGACCAAGACUCAGACAAUAACAACAACUGUGCCAAACUUCAUCUUGGGGCAUUUUGGUACAAAGACUGUAUGCAGACAAACCCCAAUGGUGUGUAUAUAUGGGGAUUUUAUGACACCCAAACCAUCAUUGGAAAUGUAUGGUCAACCUGGAAGGGUAACGGUGAUGGUAUGAAAUCCAUCAGCAUGAAAAUCAAACCUCUGUCAUAGAAACAUUUCAAUGUUUGCCAGAAAUACACAACAAAACAAUCAAAUUAAUGUUUAAGGGUUUCCUCUUGUAUUACCUGUUUUACUUUAUAAAUCAUGUAGUAAAAUUGUAUGUUUGUAGUGGUUUUUCUAUAAC